CAGCAGCACCGGAAAGCGUAGAAGAAGAAGGAGGCGGCUGUCAGUGUUUAUGUUUAGCACGGCGAGAAACGAGGUAAACGUGAUCAAAUAAGUGUCUGAGGAUGCCGCUACCUGUGCAGGUGUUCAACUUCCAGGGGUCUGUUGAGCCCAUGCAGAUUGAUGCGGACCCUCAGGAGGACCAGCAGAACGCUCCGGACGUAAACUACAUUGUGGAGAACCCAACGCUGGACCUGGAGCAGUAUGCCACCAGCUACAGCGGACUGAUGCGCAUCGAGAGGCUUCAGUUCAUCGCGGAGCACUGCCCUCAGCUCCGGGUGGAGGCCCUGAAGAUGGCCCUCACCUUCGUCCAGAGGACCUUCAACGUCGACGCCUACGAGGAGAUUCACCGUAAACUAACAGAGGCUACGCGGGAGGUCCAGGGUGUACCAGACACAGUUCCAGAGGGGGGCGUUGUUCCUCCCCCGCUGGACUCGGCGUGGGCAGAAUCCACCAGGAAGAAGGCUCUGCUGAAGCUGGAGAAGCUGGAUACAGACCUCAAGAACUACAAAGGAAACUCCAUCAAAGAGAGCAUCAGGAGGGGCCAUGAUGAUCUGGGGGACCACUACCUGGACUGUGGCGACCUCAGUAAUGCUCUCAAAUGCUAUUCCCGGGCCAGAGACUACUGCACCAGUGCCAAGCAUGUCAUCAACAUGUGUCUAAACGUCAUCAAGGUGAGCGUUUACCUCCAGAACUGGUCACAUGUCCUGAGUUACGUCAAUAAAGCCGAGUCCACUCCAGAAAUUGCAGAGCAACGAGGAGAGCGAGACAGCCAGAACCAGGCCGUCCUCACCAAGUUAAAGUGUGCUGCAGGUCUGGCGGAGUUGGCCUCCCGCAAAUACAAACCAGCUGCCAAGUGUUUCCUGCAGGCUUCCUUCGACCACUGCGACUGUCCCGAGCUGCUGUCUCCCAGUAACGUGGCCGUGUACGGAGGUCUGUGCGCUCUGGCCACGUUUGACCGGCAGGAGCUACAGAGGAACGUCAUCUCCAGCAGCUCCUUCAAGUUGUUCCUGGAGUUGGAACCACAGAUCCGUGACAUCAUCUUCAAGUUCUACGAGUCCAAGUACGCGUCGUGUUUGAAGCUGCUGGAUGAGAUGAAGGACAACCUGCUGCUGGACAUGUACCUGGCUCCUCACAUCAAGACUCUGUACAGCCAGAUCAGGAACAGAGCCCUCAUCCAGUAUUUCAGUCCGUACGUGUCUGCAGACAUGACCAAGAUGGCUCAGGCCUUCAACACCACGGUGGCGGCUCUGGAGGACGAGCUGACCCAGCUCAUCCUGGAGGGACUGGUCAACGCCCGGAUCGACUCCCACAGCAAAAUUCUGUACGCGAGGGACGUGGACCAGAGGAGCACCACGUUUGAGAAGUCCCUCCACAUGGGCAAGGAGUUCCAGAGGAGAGCCAAAGCCAUGAUCCUCCGAGCCGCCGUGCUGCGCAACCAGAUCCACGUCAAGUCUCCCCCCAGGGAGGGCAGCCAGGGCGAGCUGACUCCCGCCAACAGCCAGACCAGGAUGAGCACCAACAUGUGAAGAUGUCGGAGCGCCCCCUGCUGCUGAGGAGGAGGAGGAGGAACGUCUUCACCAGCUCACACACAUAAAACACACCUGGAUGAAAGCAUACACAUGAAGGUCUGCAUUGAUCUGGUAUCGGCUGAUCAGAGGGAGGAGCUUCUGUUCAGAUGUUUGAAUGACAGAGUUGUAUCUGACUUUGUUCUGUGGCCACAGAAACCGGGUUUUCAAAUAAAACACCAACAAACCGUG